AUGGGGAAAUUAACCUACUCAGACGACAUUUCCAUCCUUCAGUUGAUUGUAUUCCCAUUUCUUCUUGCUUCUUCACUCUAUGUCUGGAAACGAACAGGAUGGAGAGCUGGCCGUCAUACCUGGCGAUUUGCCGUCAUCCUAUCUUUGCUCCGCAUCGUCGGCAGCAUAUGCACACUGGCCCAGCUCAGUUUCAACUCAUCCAACCUCAAGAUUGCCGCAGUUGUGUGUAACUUGAUUGGUAUUGCCCCACAGUCGCUUUUGUAUAUGGGUAUUCUACAACAAAUUGAUGUGGAAUACCGAAUCCCCCCCAAACCCCUCAAAUCCUUGUCGCUUGUUUCAUUGGUUGCUCUUAUUAUCGCAAUUGUUGGAGUCGACAAAACCGAAAAGUCGGGCAACAUGAGCGCGCUCCUCAAGGCAGCCAUGAUCAUCUUUCUCAUCGUCUUUGUCGUCAUCAUGGCGGCGACUGCUUGGCUGUUCAACGAGACUAAGGGCACACUGCGACGGUUCCAGAAGAAGCUUUUCAUUGGAAUUUCUCUUUCUGCUCCCUUCUAUGCAGUGCGCUUGAUCUACGCCGCGAUCGCUGAUUUGGGCCAUUAUGAGAUUUUCCAAUCCGCCCUCAGUGGCAACCCUUCCCAUAGCAGUCUCACACUCUCUCUGUGCAUGUCUGUUCUGGAAGAGAUGAUUGCUCUGGCUAUUGCUGUGGCUUUUGGAUGGAUGGCUAUCCUGGAGAGCGAUUUCGUGACCCCCGGAGCUGCAGUUCCUCGGGAUUUCGAGCAGGAGCAGCCGAAGCCCGAGGAUGUAUGA